CCUCGAGUAAAGCAACCUACCCUCCAAGGGAUGGCUGAAGAGAGCUUUACAUACCUACACAGUUCGAGCUGCUCGACGAUCGUGGGACCGGAUAAAGACAGCUGCGACUGCUUCCUUUCGCGGACUACACUCUACCAUGCCGCCACGACCGAUGAGUCCCAUACAUUGAGAUCACUCCACGAAACCGAGCAGGCGGCGAUUCGGAAGUUCGUGGCGCGCAAGAACGCAGUGAAGCUCGCACAAACGCAAGAGAAGUUUGAAGGCGGGGUGUAUUCCCCUCUAUGCCCAGGCGAGAUUCGCGUUCUGGAACUAUAUCCUGGAGAUUUCGAAACCCCAUUUCGGGGAAUCUUACAUGCGGUCAGUGUCGACUUCGAAUAUCCGUCUCUCAACACCUAUCCAGUCCGGAAGCGCAAUACAGAUCAUGGCAUAUCUCUUCCUGGAGGUAGUACAGUCUGGUAUACUGCGCUCAGCUAUGUCUGGGGCGCGCCUCAGUUCAAUGAGACCAUCCAGGUUGGAGAUGACAGCAUUAAGAUUACCACAAGUCUCGCGUGUGCGCUCCAGCAUUUGAGAUCAGAAAAGCAGAGUGUAUUCCUUUGGGUGGACCAGAUUUGCAUAAAUCAAGCGGACGCAAAAGAUAAAGAACAACAAAUUCCCUUGAUGGGGUUGGUGUACAGCCACGCCACGAAUACUUUGAUCUGGCUCGGCGACGAAGGGGACGACGACGCGGCACUAGCAUUUGAAACCCUGCACAGAGCGUAUUCUGCUGUGCAAUACGCGGAACAAGCUGUUACACCAGCGGACUUUGCGCGGCUGAGCCUACCCAACGCCAACGAUGCUGCAUGGAGAGAAGUGAGGCAGCUUUUCCGUCGCCCGUGGUUCACACGUUUAUGGACGAUCCAAGAAGCCGUUCUUUCCCUUCGUAUAUUCGUCAAAUGCGGUAAAGUUACCGAGUCAUGGGAUGACUUUGCCUCCUGGUGCGCUUCUCUUCAACAGGCCGGACUACUCGACUGGUUAGUAGUAGAGAGCACCAUCGAUCUCCUAAACCUGGAGACAACUACAAAAAGUCUGCCUCCGCCUACGGGAGGUACUACGGUCAAUGCUCUUCAACAAGAGCGGUUCGUCCGUGCAGUGACGAGCCAGCAUCGAGUGUUAUUGGAUGUUCUGGUCUCUACGCGAUAUGCGCAAGCUACGGAGGCAAAGGAUAAAGUCUACGGGAUCCUUGCGCUGGUCGAGACAGAUAUCAAGCCAAGAUAUUCUACCAAAGUAUCAGUACGAGAUGUGUAUCACGAAGUCUGUUUGGUGCCGCUCCUAGAGGACCCAUACCGUAUCCUCUGUUGCGUAGAUCACGACGCACCACUUACGCCGUCUUGGAUUCCAGAUUGGAGCGCCCCACGAGUUACCGAAUCUUUUGGAUAUUCGACCAAGUCGUUGGCACUUUACAGUGCUGGCGGUAGCCGCUACAAUCUAGGAGGUAACGCCUUUCACAUACGACUGGAACUGAGUGACGAUAAGAAGCGCCUCACCCUUCAAGGAAAGAUAUUUGAUUCCAUUGCUAUGCUCGGACCCCUUACCACCGAUGCUUCAUUGGACAUCGAUGAACCAGCGCAGAACAACAAGCAAUGGGCUCCUUACGUGGACAUCGCACACACUCAGGGCCACUAUCCAGACGGAUCCUCCAUAUACGACGCAUUCUGGCAGACGCUCGUAGCCGGAAAAGACGGAUCCGGUAAUGCCAGAGCUCCGAAAGACUACAGCGAAGUGUUCAGCCUGAUUCUCGACUCAUCUGUGGGGAACAUGUCAUCGCUUCCGGGUCAAACGUACAGUACGCGCCGACAGAAGGGAUUCUUUACCCUCGAUAGUCUUCGCUCGCGGAAACCCAAGCAGAUUUAUGAAGAUUUGCAAAAGGCUUUCCGAGCUGCUUUGCAGAAUAGGCGGUUCGCUGUGACCGAGAAAGGAUAUUUUGCCCUUGUUCCAAGGGGUACGGAAGUAGGAUAUCGGGUUUGCGUCUUUGAGCAUGCGAAUGUACCGUACGUUAUCAGAUGUGUAAAGAGCGAUAGAGUGGUAGAACUUCUGGGUGAAGCGUAUGUUCAUGGGAUCAUGGAAGGCCAGGUAAUGGGGAUUGCUGACGUCACAACACAACCUAUUACCCUUGUGUAGAAAGCAGGACUAGAUCGCGGAAUCAAGAGCAUCC